GAGAGUACUUCCUGUUUGGAGAGGUUGUCCAGGAAGCAGCAGCAGCGAGUGUCCUGCCUGCCUGUCGCAUGUUCUCGAGACGUGAGACAUCUCUGUGAUUUUUGGGACCUGAUGCUUAGCUCUCAGAUCUGUGCUGCUGAAUCAGCUGUGUGCAUAUUGUUGAUCGCCAUGGCCCAGGUAGCCGGCCAGGAGGAUGGAGAGAAAACCACAGCGCUCAAGGACUUGCUGUCAAGAAUUGAUUUAGAUGAACUCAUGAAGAAAGAUGAACCCCCCUUCACUUUCCCCAAAACCCUGGAGGAGUUUGAAUAUGCCUUCAAUGAGCAUGGCCAGCUCCGACACAUGAAGACGGGAGAACCUUUUAUCUUCAAUGCACGAGAGGAUCUCCACCGCUGGAAUCAGAAGCGUUAUGAAGCUCUCGGAGAGAUCGUCACUCAGUAUGUUUAUGAGCUGCUGGAGAAAAGGUGCAACAUGACUAAAGCAAUCCUACCAGUAGAUGCCACUGUGAAUGAGCCUUCUAGUUUUAUCUACCUAAGCCCCAACGCCUUAUCCAACCCAUCCAAGCUACUGGUGCUGAUCCAGGGCAGUGGUGUGGUGCGAGCAGGUCAGUGGGCCCGCAGACUCAUCAUCAACCAGGACUUGGACUCUGGAACUCAGAUUCCCUUCAUCGCCAAAGCCAUGGAGGAGGGCUAUAGCGUGAUCGUACUUAACCCAAACGAGAACUACCUGGAGGUGGAGAAACCGUCCAAGUCCUCCACUCUGCCAUCUCCAACCGAACCACUGGAAGAACCCGUGGAAAAGAAGGAACGCAAAGAUGACAAGGACGGCAAAAAGAGGAGAGAAUUUUACGAGAAGUACCGCAACCCCCAGAAGGAGACAGAGAGAGAGCGGCUCCUCAUACGGGAAAAUGGUUCCUCUGAGGAGCAUGUGCUGUACGUCUGGGAUCACUUUGUGGCCAAAGCUGCAGCCAAGCAUGUCUUCAUCGUGGCCCACAGCUAUGGAGGGCUGUCCUUUGUUGAGCUGAUGAAUCACAGAGAAACCGAGGUAAGGAACAAAGUGUGUGCAGUGGCUCUGACGGAUUCGGCUCACAGCAUGUGGCUGCAGGAGACCAGUAAAAGCACACAGGACUGGAUGCAGCAGCAUUGUUGUAACUGGGUCUCAAGUCCAGAACCGCUGGACACACCUCUGGACUCCAUGCUGCCGGACUGCCCACGCGUCUCUGCAGGCACAGAACGCCACGAGUUGACCUCCUGGAUGAGUUUUGACUCAAUCUUCAGGUUCUUCGGCGAGGUCGUGGAGGCGAAAAAAGACGUGGAGGCAGAGGAGAUGUUCAACACUGUUACCACGCGCAGCAGCUCCCUCAAAAGCAAACACCUAGAUUUGUAAAACAACAACACCACUGACGUAAUUGGAGCGAUAGUGUAGAGCGGGUGCUUAAGUUUUUUGCUAUGUUUUUUUAGUUUCUCUACCCUCCUUGCUCUGCUCCCCGGGUAUCAUUUCUCCCCUCUGGCUGCACACACAAGCGUGGUUGUUGUUGUUUAUGUAAGAGACAAGAAUUCAGGCCAGUGUGUAUCCAUCUCAGUAACAUUUUGAGUGGCUUCUAAAUAAGCGCAACUGUCGAAGCAAUAUCUGCCGUAGCGUUUGUGGUUCCCGAGGGUGGUAUAGCCUAAACUGGUAUGGGCUAAGUACAGUGCUCGGUGGUACACCUCAUAUCAGCUGCCCUGCAGUUAGAGCUGACACUUUUUCUUUUUCUUUUUGUAGCUCACUAAUUGUUUGUAAAGCACACUCUUAACUGUUCACCAUUUGUUGGUGUUUCAACAAAGGCCAUUGUUUUUAUGAUGUCAUUGUCAAGCUUCUAUGCACAAAACUUUUUAAACUCAUUUACUGAGCUAAAUUUAGAGGCAUGCCGUUUACUUCAUUAUGUAUUUAUGUAUUCCUCUUCCCUUCACGUUUAUAAUAGAUGCCUCCAAUUGAUUACAUGUUACGAUACAAACAAAACAAAACCCAAUAUGUGUGGAGUAACUUGAACGCGGGUCACUGAGCAUAUUCAAAAUCACUUAGUCGGGCAUCAAAAUGGAUUUAAAGGAUAUCUCAUUUAAACAGGAGCCAUAAGUCCGCUCUCAACACUCACAAAGCCUCAAUAGAUGACACAUGUCAGGAAAUCCAAGAUCUCAAUAUUAUUCUAAGCCUGAAUGAUGUUAGGGAAAAUUAUAACAUAUCUAUUUCUCCCCCUCCACUAAAGUCUUUUUCUUGUUCUUAGACGUGGCAAGUCACUGCUCAGUUGCACGUAAUCUUCAGUAUGUGACACAAACAUGAUAAAAAAAAUUUAAGUUUCAUAAACCACUCAAGGCUUAACGCAAAAUGCUUCUAAUGUGUCGCGACAUUAGUCAAAUCUCAAAGCCAAUGCUAAAUCUCAUGAUACCGUAGACACUUUCCCCUUAUUCCCCCCUCACUUCACGUCAUGACUAUUGUUUAACUUUUAGCUGUGAAAUCUGGUUUCUCCCCCAUGCCCAUUCUAUGCGUGUGCGUAUGUGUGUGUGGUUUAAUGCUUUUGAGGAUUAUCUUUGUGCUGUAAUGAGACAACUGUGGCUGAUGGUUUCAAGGCCUAAUUUCCUUUUAAUUUGAUUCCCAUCUCUCCUGUUUCUGCACACACACACAAAAUGAUUUGCUUAUUAUUUGAUUUGAUGAUUUUGGUUUCCAGAUAGCGUUGCUCAUCUUUCUGUUUUUCAGAAAAAAAUAUCUGCCCAUUUUUCCCCCUCUCCAUAAUUGUAAAUUGUUGCCUUGAGGGAACAAACAAGGCUCAGUGCUUCUAAUAACAAGCCAAAGGAAGAUCGAGCUGGAGAUGAAAGAGCAGCCUAAAUCCAAAAGCAGUCUGCAAAGAAAGAAAAGGGGAUUUAUUUUGCCAAUUUCUCCUGAAAGCAUUCUUUUUUUUCUGACCACAUUCUUCUUUGUAUUCAUUCAAUAAAAAAAGAAAAUAUGCGUUAAUUUGGGGGUUUUAUGACAUGCCCAUGUAUUUAAUUCUAUUUUAAUUUCCUUUCUUAACAUUUGAAAUGUUACGCAAGUCCUUUCAAAGAUUCUUUGUAGUGUGAUUCCUUUAAUGAAAGUCACUGUUAAAACAUUUCAAAUGCAAAUAAAGU